AUGACGGACCAUGCUCAGGUUACGCCUAUUGCUACAAGCAUUGCAUCCGAUCGACUUGAAAAGGAUCCAUUACGUCCCCUGAUCGUCGCGUUAUUAUGCUUCGUAUACAGCCUAUUCACAUGGUUUGAACGACACGUCUUGCAACCCUCGCUCAUCCAGUGGCGUCAAUGGCGUAACCAUCAACCUGAACAUCGACUCAACGCUGGUUUAUUGGAUGCCAAGUGCUAUACCGAGUGGAAGGCACGUGCCAAAGAGCUUGACAUGCAUUUAUCCAACGACCGGUGGAAAGCCAAUCCUGUGUCACGUGUGUACGACUAUAAGCUUAUUGCCUCAAGACUGGAACAUCUACGCAAGGCACGCGAGGCCGAUGAUGUGGAUUGCAUGAUUUAUAUGUUACGUGGUGGUCUACUCAGGAAUUUUGGAGGCAUCUGUGACAGGAAGCUCUUUUCUCAUUCAUAUCUUGGUACCAAGACAUUGAUUGAGGAUUACAUGGAGGAAAUGGUGAAGCAAAUCGAGUAUAUUGAAUCGACCGAUGCUCUGGAUCAGCAAGCCAAGAUGAAGUUUUUCAGUGAUGCUCGACAAGGAUUUGGAUGCUCUGCAUUAGUGUUGCAGGGUGGCACGGCGUUUGCGUUGUAUCAUUUGGGUGUACUCAAGGCACUUCAUGAACAAGGAUUACUACCAAGAAUCAUCAGUGGCCAUGCAGUGGGAGCCAUGGUUGCAGCUUUGAUUUGUAUCCAUACGGAUGAAGAACUACCGGAAAUUUUGCAACCUAAUGGGAUUAAUCUGCAAGCCUUUUCGACAAAGACGGAUAAAGGACAUGUGCAUCGUCGGAUUACAAGAUUCCUAAAGCAUGGCUAUCUUAUGGAUAUGAAGGUGCUGCAACAGUGUGUGAGAGCUAAUGUCGGCGACUUGACAUUCGAGGAAGCCUAUGCACGUUCAAAACGAGUACUCAACAUCAGCGUGUCAUCAAGUCGCAAAGAAAUACCACCAUUGCUCAAUUAUCUUACAGCUCCCAACGUGCUUAUUUGGAGUGCAGCAUGUUGCUCAACGGCAUCUGUGGGGUUAUUUGGAUCAUGUGAGCUCUUGGCAAAGGAUACCGAUGGCAACAUUGUAAAGUGGACGACUUCGGCUGUAAAAUGGAAUCAUUGGUCGGAGACAUCGCCUUCUGAAAGUGAAGAACCUCUCAAACGGCUUUCUGAAUUGUUCAACGUCAACCACUUUAUUGUUUCACAAGCCAUGACCUAUGCCAUUCCCUUUGCUUCAAAUGGCCACAACCUGCAACAAGAGUCCAUGUGGAAUAGAGUCGCGUAUUUGAUUGCUUCAGAACUCAAGCAUAGGCUAUACCAGCUCGAUCAAUUUCACAUGUUACCCAACGUAUUUCGACCGGUAGUGGAUGAAAAGAUCUCUGGCAACGUGACCAUCGCACCCGAUCUCUCAAUUUCAGAUUUCAACAUUUUGUUCUCAAAUCCAACCCAUGCAUCGCUUGCAUAUUGGAUCCUUAACGGCGAAAGAGCGACAUGGCCUCUGUUAUCGUUUAUUCGGACACGAUGCAUGAUUGAAUUGGCUUUGGACAAAGCUGUGCUUCGACUCAAAGCGAUGAAUGUGGAAAAAGAACCUGUGGUUGUCGUGCCAACGCAGUAUCCAGAACGAAAGCAACGAGCGCGAUCCAUGCACUAG